UUAAUUAUUAAAAUAAGAAAAAUAAAAUAAAUAAAACAACAAAACUGAGCCGAAGCUCCAAAAUGCCGCCGCUGCCUGCCCUUCUAUAGCACCGCAAUUCACUAACAACUCGAGAAAGUCGGAGCUGCUCGGAAAACUCACCCGGAGUUGCUCCUCGCCGGCCAGUGAAUAAUUAGGAAAAAUGGCUUUUAGAGGAAAUGAGAUGAUGAAGAAAGUUCUCAAGAAAGUCGGAGAGAAGAAUAUGACUCCACGACUGAAGCAAUCGUUGGAGAAAUCUCUUCCAAAGAGCAAAAUCGUGAUGAAUCGUGCGAAACGCGGUCUCUUUGCUGGAAAACACAUUCAGUUUGGCAAUAGUGUUAGUGAAGAUGGUGGAAACAAGACAAAGAGAACUUGGAAACCUAAUGUCCAGGAUAAGAGGCUCUUUAGUUAUAUCCUAGAUCGUCACAUUCGUGUUAAAGUCACAACUCACGCCCUUCGUUGCAUAGACAAAGCAGGUGGGAUUGAUGAAUACUUGCUAAGGACUCCUUAUCAAAAGAUGGACACUGAAAUAGGCCUCUUGUGGAAGGCAAAGAUUGAGAAAUUGUAUGAAGAGCUAGGAAAUAAGGAGGUUGUAUUCUUUUCGCCAGAGGAUGAAGCGCAGUUCGAACAGGGCUUUAAAGAUUUGAGAUUAUCUGAAAGGGAAGCACGAAAAGAAGUCAGAAAAAUAGUGUCUUCUGGGAUGAACAAGCACAAACUAAUUGAGGUAGAAGGUAAAGACAGUCAAUCUAGUGAAGUGGGAGGCGCUAAAAUUGAGGAUGAAAUCUCACAUGAUUCAUCAAAACGAUUGGUUCCUGUCUCAUAUGUGUUAGCUGCUGACAAACUCAAAAUUGGAAGUUAUGUUUCUAAUUGAUGUUACGUCAACUGAUAAUGGUGGUGUAAGUUGUCUUAGCUCAUUGAGUAUGAAAGUCUUGGUUCUUUGAUUUGUGGUUCAUCCUGGUUUUAUCCUUUAAACUUUUUGUAGUCAAAAGCAUAAUUGAUUGCCCCAGAAUAAUAGUUUAUUUCCUGUAGCAGGACCAAGUUUCUUGAUGCACUCUUAGUAAAUCUAAAGGGUAAACCACCAUUUUAGUCUGUGAAA